UUCAUGCAGGUUAAACAUUGGUUGGAACUAGAUGCUAAUGUGAAUGUGCCCCUUUCCCUGUCACGUCUGAGAAGACAAGAUGUUGGACUGAAAAGCCACCUAGAUCAGCUGGACCAACAAAUUAGUGAACUGAAGUUGGAUGUUGGCAAGACCUCUAUUGACUGCCUUGACAGUGACAGCAGACCCAGCUCAGGCUUCUAUGAAUUGAGUGAUGGUGGUUCGUGCUCUUUAUCCAACUCCUGUACAUCUGUCUUCAGUGAAUCCAUCUCCUCUUCCCAUGCCAGUCUGCUGCCCAGUUCUCAGCACCCCAAAACCUGUCUCAGUGUGUUUGAUUACCGUCCCAAAUCUGCAGACGAACCCACAGUGCACAAACAGUUCCAGAAGCAAGGAAUCUAUUCUAGUGAUGGAUGUCAAAUCAAAGCUUGCCCAGAUAUUUCAGGAACUCCCACCAGGUCCAGGCCAAGACCUGUUUCCACAGGUGACCUUGAAAGACUGACGACAUCAGAUGCAGGAUUCCCCAGAGUAACUGACCCCAAGGCCCUUGUGUUUUGUCCAGAAGGGGAAAUCCAGUUCUAUUGCGUGGACCCUAAAUAUCAGAGUGACUUGGUCUCUAAGAAUGGGAAUGAUGUGUAUCCUUAUCCCAGCCCACUUCAUGCCGUAGCUUUACAAAGUCCACUUUUUUCUUUGGCGGGACCACCACCAGACACAGAGGCCCAUCCGUUGCCUAACAGAAUAGUGUCUAAUGCAAUUGGACCCAGUUUGAUUAGGACUCGGCCGGUCAUAGAGCCCAGGCCAAGGGGUUACAUCAACAAACUGCUCCAGCUGACACACUACAGGGGACAUAAUCCGGUGGACACUGAUGAGAGGGGUCCAACAAAGAACCAGCCAUCCACAAUGCACCAGAGACUCAUUAUAAUCCCUAGUGCUGGUGGAGUGAAAAUUAACAGCAGUGGCAGCCAGCUGGAAAAACAAGGGAGCUCACUGCGUCAUAACAAAGCUGAAGAGAAACUGCAAAGAGAGAUGCCCGAAGGGGAAUGUGCCGAACAGCAGGAGACUGUACACUGUGUGAAUAUAGAGCGGACAGACACCAUGCUUCAUGCAGAGUCAUCAUCAGCUGUGAAUAGCUGUUUUCCUGCCAGCUUGUCUGUAAGAGACUCUCCUCUGACAGAGGCAGGAGAAAGCAGCUUGGAGCACAGCUCUUCUAGCUCGCAGCUAGCAACUGAUGAGUCUAGCCUGAGCCCCCCCAAUACUAAUGUGGCCCCAGUCAAGAAAUCUCACAAGAAAUCUGUCAGCCUCAGCACACUGAAGGUAGAAGGUCAUGAACUAUUGCCUCAGCGGGAAUUUGUUCAUGCUAGGUUUGUCCCUGCAGAAUCCCAUCAAGUCAGGGUGAGGUUUGCUAACUCUAAAAUGAAAUCUGUGAAGGUAAAGAGGAGAAACAGCGAGAAGGUGUUGAGGCCUGGGAAGCAGCAGGCUUUUUAUGCAGAAAAGCCAAGGGGUGCUAACCAUGCUGCUACCAGGCUCCCUAUUGAGUGGAAUCUUCCUCAGAGACAGCACAGAGCAAAGAACCUUGUUAGGAGGCCAACUUUUGCUGGGGAAGCUACUGGAAGGUCAUGCUCAGAAUCCAGUUUAUAUCCUGUGCCAUUUAGAGUCCCUCAAGUACCCACCGGGCCUGAAUUAUACCAGGCAUCUGCUAAUGCCAUGUAUUCUUUUGAAGCAGCUUAUAUAGACACAGUUGCCAAGAAAAAGCAGCGCAAAUGGCAGUCCACAGUGGAAAUCUCAGCAAAGACCCAAGUUGCCAGUCUUUCUAGCGGCUUUGCCUUGAUUCCACCCAGGCACCAGGCAAAGAGAGCUGGGAUCAUGCGUGCUGUAAGCAUGAGGCCUCGCUCAAAGCACCACUACCCCUUUCGCCCUGGAACUUAUGCCAAAAGUGAAUCUGACCAUUCUGAAUACUCUGCAGAAUGUGCUUCACUCUUCCACUCCACCAUAGCUGAGACAAGUGAAGGAGAGGUCAGCGACUAUACAACCAACCGCUUUGGAGACAGUGAGUCCAGUGAAAGUGAUUCAGAAGGCAGCAGCAACAGUAGCAGCCUGACCCUUGACUAUGAUGAGGAAGGUGAGGAGCAUGAACUGGUCUGGCCCAACCCUUCUGUUAGGCAAUCAGCUGCUGUUCAGACCUCCUCCAAGCCUCUUCCACCGAUGCCCAAACUGUGUCGCAUUAAAGCUUCAAAGGCCCUCAAGAAGAAGAUUAGGAGAUUCCAGCCUGCCUCUCUGAAAGUGAUGACCAUGGUUUGAGGGACAGAAAAAGUCUGUUUUGUUAGCUGGCUUUACCUUCCUUUGCAAAACAAAGGAGGAUAGAUAGUUACGGACUUUGUUAAACUAAAUGUGAUUA